GGAAAUGGGAACAAAUUUGAAUUACAUAUUUAAUCUGUAACAUUGAUACCGAGCGAGCCAGUACAUUGUAGAUUUCCAUAGCGUCAACAUCCAAUAUGAAAACAUCAGCGACGGUGAUUUGUUUUGUUGUCGGCAUUAUGGCUGCAACCAUCGCAAAGAAUCUACCCGGUGACAAUAACCAGAUCGAUAGAUCGACAUCUUCAUCCGAGGAAUUGUCGGACUACAAGGAAUAUAUCACACAGAUUCAAACCAUGUGCUACGAGAGGACCAACUCCACCGAAACCUUCCAAAAUCUGCUUGUUUCCAUGUACGGAGUGCCGCUGUGUCUUCAAGCAACGGUAGAUUUGCCAAGCCUGAUGAAUGAUGUUAGCGAUUUGGAUGCUUCCACGCGGCAUGAACUGUUUCCAAAAUAUUGUUCGCAGAUUCGCAGUGCCCUGGUCUGCCUCGAUCCACCGAAGGAGGAAUUUCGAAAAUGUUUGGACCCAAAUGAUGCUGUGAUAUUGGACAGCGUGGUCAACGCAAUGCCCGAGGCCAUCGAUUUGCUCUGCAAAAAUGACGGGGAGAUUCUGUUCAAGGACGACGCCAACUACAACGUUUGCAUGGAUAAGUACUCCAACUACGCGACGGAAUGUGCCACCCUGGUUUCCAACGAAACGGACUUGAUGGAGGUGUCGAAAUUUGGUCGACCUCAGUGCGACGAGCUGUUCAACGUGCGGAACUGUAUGGAGGGCAAAUUCAACGAAUGCAACGGUCCUCAAGUGAUGGAAGUGUUCGACGUUUUCUGGCGAGCGUUCAUUCGGAACACUCCCUGCAAGAAUUUUGUUACAUCAGCCAAAGAUGAAGCAAAUUAGCGAGGCAUAAACAAUUCAACAAGUGUACUGCCGGUGGAAGCAUAUUUGUCCCAUGUGCAUUUUUGGCAAUAUUGAGAUUUUGCAGCUUAUGAACAUGAUUCAUAGUGUACUAUCAUAUAGGAAAAUAAAAACAGGUAGUUUGUUACGAAAAUUGUCGAAAAAACGCAACGCCGAUUUGUAACAUUCUAAAAAGUGGACGCAUAAGCGUCACGUUUCAUUGGAAAACCUAUGGAACAUUAAAAUCGCUCUAGAGCAAAAAUUAAAGCUUAAAUUCGAAAUUGGUUGAUAUUAGAACGCGAUUCGGUACUUAUACUUCAUAAUUGAGACAAUUUACUUUUUUGAACUUUGGACGCGAUUUUCUCGAUUGUCUGUUUUUGCACAUGGGACAUUUAUGCGUCCACCGGCAGUGUAUUAGGCUGUCAACAUUGUAUUCCUUUCUGUUGAUAACUUCAAUCUCUGAACUCAACAGGUAAAAACGUACUACAAAUGAAAACAGUGAAUGCUGAUUAAUUGUAGCUUAUAGUGUAGUAAACCGGAAAAAUAAAUUCUAGUUGUUUGCAAAUA